CGGCCGAGCUGCCGAUCAACAAACUGUUGUAAGGAUCAUAGACAUAUAUACAUUUAUAUGUCUAUGGUAAGGAUGAAACGUGUCGUGUGUUUCCAGCCGGAGGUGUUCAGUGUGUGAGCAGCAGCGGCUCGUAGUUCAUCUGAGGGACACUUUAUAAACGUCCGUCUGACAGGAAGUGAAGGUCCGUUGGUGUCCGGUCAGAGACACGAGGAUGUCUCUUCCAUGUGUGCGUCGCUGCUCUCGACACCUGUCUGCAGGCCUUCAGGUGUGCGGUUAUGCCACGGUCAUUAAACCAUCCAGACCUCAGGAGAAGAGCAGCAGCGGUCCAGUCUUCCAGUAUGUGGGUCAGCACAGAAAGCCCAGUCACAAAGUGUUCGUGUGGGGCUUCAGCUUCACCGGAGCUCUGGGGAUCCCCAGUUUCGUGAUGCCUGACAGCAGCAGGAAGAAACCUCGCAAGUAUCAGCUGACCCCUUACAGGCUGGAGACUGCGGAGCAGAUCUCGUCUGCUGCCUGUGGUUACGGCUUCACUCUGAUGGCGUCCAGGACCAAAGACGUGAUCAAGCUGUGGGGGAUGGGCCUCAACAAGGACUCUCAGCUGGGCUUCCAACGCACGCAGCACAGCCGCCUCCAGAGUUAUGACUUCGUGUUGGAGCCGUCUCCGGUGGCUCUGCCUCUCGUCCAGCCUCAGCAGACCAGAGUGCUGCAGGUGGCCUGUGGACGAGCUCACUCUCUGGUCCUCACUGAUGAGGAGGGAGUCUUCAGUAUGGGGAACAAUGCAUAUGGUCAGUGUGGACGGAGGAUCGUAGAAGAUGAAGUCUACAGCGGCAGUCACAUCAUCCACAGGAUCCAAGGUUUCGACAGCAGGAUCGUCCAGGUGUCCUGUGGACAGGACCACAGUCUGUUCCUCACUGAGACGGGGAAAGUGUUCUCCUGUGGAUGGGGAGCAGACGGACAGACGGGUCUGGGUCACCACAGAGUCAGCGCCAGUCCAGAGCAGGUGGGUGGAGACCUGUGUGGGGUGGAGGUGAAGCAGAUCAGCUCGUACGGUGACUGCAGCCUGGCUGUGUCCUCUGAUGGACAGCUGUAUGGGUGGGGCAACUCAGAGUACCUGCAGCUGGCUGCUGUCACAGAGACCACACAGAUCAACUCCCCUCGACAUCUUCCUCUGAGCAGCUGUGGGAAGGUGGUGCAGGCAGCAUGUGGAGGAACACAGGUGGCUGUUCUCAACGACAGAGGAGAGGUGUUUGUUUGGGGCUAUGGAAUUCUGGGAAAAGGUCCUGCUUUGUCGGAGUCGUCGACCCCGGAGAUGAUCCCCUCCAGGCUGUUUGGACGCUCAGAGUUUAACCCGUCGGUGGCUGUGACCCGGAUCAGGUGUGGACUGAACCACUUUGCUGCCGUCACAGAUGGAGGAGAGCUCUUCGUCUGGGGGAAGAAUGUGAGAGGUUGUUUGGGCAUCGGGAAGAAAGACGACCAGUUCUUCCCCUGGAGGGUGACUGUCCCCGGGCAGGUGGUGGAUGUAGCGUGUGGUGUUGACCACAUGGUGGCGCUGGUGAAGUCCCUCCUGUGAGCUCAGUGUUGAUGAAGGCUGGAUGUUUGUCUGAGCCUCGUGCUGACCCCCGAGUCCCUCAGGGAGCUGAUCAGGGGCCCCAUGAAGUCCUGAAGACAGCUGCUCUCCACAGGGGACGGAGCAGAGAGGACGGACUGACUGUGUCCUGCAGGACGACAUCCAGGAUGGACUGUAACAGACACUUUAUCACAGCUCCAACAAUUAAACAGUGAAUAAAUUUAUGAUGACAAAUAAUAAAGUCAGAGUCUUUGAGUUGUUCAGAUGAGAUGUUGUUAGUUGGACUCGGCUCAGGAGCAUCGUCUCUGCAGAUGGACCUGAUGAAGGCUGCUGUCACAACCUUUACUGCUGGUUGUCCUCCUGAAAGCCACUGAAAACUACAAACAUGGUGUCCUGACAGUUCUCACUGUGUAGCAGUGUUUAAUGAUGUGACAUGUCUGGACGAUGAUGAGCUCACUGUUCCCUGUGUAAUGUCACUCAACACGUCUGAUACCAGGAGAACAGGUCUCAAUAAAUGUUUUAUUACCACAUGA